AUGGCCAGUAAGACACUCAACUUCUACGCUUACGGUCUCCAAAAGGACACCAGCUUGAUGCUCAUGUUCGAUCCCCCUAAUAAAUCAAACUUUUCAAAGAUCAAUUUCCUGUUGUCUGGAGUGAUUACUUUCCGGGCGAAUGGACAUGCCAAGGCUACCGUGCAUUACCACCAGCGUCUUGCUUUUGGAUACGCCCAAACUGACAGGGAUAACCUUGUCGACUCAGCUGCAUGGGUGGAAGUAGUGAGCGGCGAUAUCAGCAGCAUUUCGGGGGCUGGUCAAAAGCGAUUCGGGAACAACUCUAAGGGUAAUGGCACCAAGCUCCUUGUUUGCAAAAAUAACACCGAUGGUCGGGCAAACCUUAGCAUCGGAUUCCUGAGUGGAGAUGAGUUUACCAACGCUACGAGCCCACACUGGUUUGGACUGGAACGCUACGAGCCCACACUGGUUUGGACUGGAGUGGGAUCUAAGUCCAAUAUUACCGCCGCAUUCACUCCAGUUCUUACAGCAUACACCCGGGACUAUAAAGCCACCGAAAUGCUUCGCGGAGAGGUUGAGACGGAUGCGAUCUGGUCUUGCAACCUGAAUCUGAUUGAUGAUGUUACCGGGUGGCACUUGUUUGAGGACCAAGCAAGUGGUGCAUUCACCAUCGAGCCUGCGAUUAGGCCAUAA